AUGGGUGUUGCUGCGGCCACUCAAGCACCUCACGGGCCUGUCUUCCAGCAUAUGGCUACCCUGGCGGAGCUGGAUGACUUUACAAACGCUAUACUGGACACGAAGUUCAGACAGCAAGCGGUAAAUAUACCCUGUAAUUCAACAUUUCUAACUAGAUUUCCUACCUCACGGCCAGCGGAGGUGAUACUCUUUCCGUCUUCGCGGAUAGGACUUCCAGUAUCCUGUUUGAUGACAGGAUUACCCCACACCUAACGUUUUACGGCCGGCCCCAGGGGAAGAGGGCGUUCUUUGGAUCCAAACCGUACGAUUUUGUUGUCGGCGCAUCAUUCAAUUUCCUUAUAUGUCAUGUAACAACAUAGAUGCUUACACAGUGUGGAACGCUGCGCGCAACUGCGACCAGUACCAACUAGACAGGGCUUUUUGAACUGCCUUCAGGAAGGCUUACGAUGGAUUGCACAAACGAGGUUAUAGGCUUUAUCUCUUAAUUCGUGUUUCUGUACCACUAUUCUGCCGGCAUUCAAUGUUUCAAUUGACACUGCAGUUAAUAUCGUCUUCUUUGAUUUCAGACGACGAAAGAAACCAAUCAUCCCCUGGGCCGGCCGGUCCUUCAACGCAGCCCUAAAUUGGUCCAAUUGUACAUAUUACAUUGAUUCCCCUGUUUUUUUUUUGUACAGCUUUUUCGCCGUUUGUUUGUCGCCUUCUAGAGAUUACUACAACUACUAAGUCUUUUAAAUAAAAAGCUAUUUUUUAAAAAAAAAGCCAGACUUCCUUAUGUGCUGCUUAAAGGAAACCAAUAUCGGGGUGAUGGAGGGGGACAAGCGGAUGAGGGUGGGGUAUGGGUUAUUUGUGUAUAAGGGCACGCCUGGUGCCACCAUCACCUUUAUAUGCGAAUGUCUCUGAUGAUGGAUUCGAGUGAGAAUCCGAAACGUCAGGCAAAUAAAUUUCUUGUUCCAGUGAUCGCAUCUUCAUCUUCUGAGUUGUUGUUACUGUUUACUAGAAAGUUUUCGAGUCUAUACGGUGACGAGCACAUGGUUUACAAUGUGCAUAGCCUAAUGCACAUUGAGGAUGAUGUUGAGCGUCACUGCCCACUGGACCCAUUUUCGUCUUUCCCUUUUGAAAGCUUUUUAGGCAGAUUGAAGAAAUUGCUUAGAAGUCCGUCACGGCCUCUACAACAGAUAGCUAGACUUGAAAAAGGAGACGCGAUCGCUGGGACAAGAGCUUUAUUAGCCUGACGUUUCGGAUUCCUGCUCGAACGCAUCAUCAGAGACAACAGCAGAUACGGGUGGUUCAUGCACAAGGGGCUGCAGUAUUUAUAGGAUGCAGUCGCCAGUCAUUGAUAUGCCAGAUCACGAGGGAGAGGAUAUAUCCACACCAGUGGUAGUAAGUGAUGUACAAAUCGCCUGUAAGUCAUACGACUACGCAGUUCUGAUUCCUAGGAAAUAAACGAGAGCCAAAAUAACAUGGAGGACACGGGUCGAGGGUAAUAAAACUUCUUUCUAUUGACCUAUCUCACUGAGUGGCACGAACCAUUGCCGAAUGACAGGCUAGCAAAUUUGGACAGGGCCGUAGCCCUGCUCAUUCAACACAGUGCAAGACUGUCUAAAAAGAUGAACCUCAUCCUUGACAGUAACCGUCUCUUGCACGGCCGACUGCGGGAAAUAGAGGCAAAGGUGAAUCAAAGGCCACCAGCGCCGGCAGCUACACCGCUGCCACAAAAACCCUAUCAAACGGCCUAUGCGAACGGGAGCGGACUUCCGCCACCUGAAUGCACUAUUGGAAGAGAAUGGAAUUAGAAAUCAACUUGUAGGUUGUCCGUUUAUUCCCUAUACAAGGCAUAAGGUGUCCUUCCUCAGCUGUCUAGGCGGCAAUAACCUAGAUGACUUUGUUAAGCGCAUUUUCUUUCCGCUAUUUGAGGAUGAAAUCGCCCUGCACGUUAAUUUCGAGGGUCGAAAGUUGAAAGACAGUCUCUGUAAUUCCGCAGUUUACUGCUUUGCGAUUACUUGCCUGUCCGAGCACAUGUAAAGACAACAUAGGUUACUGUAAGCGGUUGCUCAAACUUUUUACCAGAAAAUUCACUGCUUUAUACGGAGAGGAGCAUGCUGUCUAUAAUGUGCACAGUCUUAUACAUAUUGCAGACGAAGUGGAGGUACAUGGUCCACUUGAUUCUUUUUCUACAUUUCUUUUUGAAAGUUAUCUCGGCAAAUUAAAGAAAUUGCUGAGGAGCCCUUCGCGACCUCUUCAGCAGAUAGCUAGACGUCUUGGCGAGAUUGAGGUAGCUACGAGCGGUCCAGUUAAGGCUUAUUCACCGAGACUCUUACGUGGGCAUAACCUAGGUGUCAAUGCGAAAACUUUCAGUGAUAGCGCACUCAUAUUGAGUGUACCUUUCAUAACCAGCUGGUAGUGGUCCUAGGUUAUGCCCACGUAAGAGUCUCGGUGAAUAAGCCUUAACUGGACCGUCAUAGAUCUAUGACGUGUCUUAGAAGACCACUUACUGUCCCUUCGCGUUCGCGAACAGUGCUCGUAAACCCUACAAACGCACAGCCACCUUAGUUAGUGGUUUACGAGCAUUGCCGGGAGGAAGUGGUUGUUAGCUAUUAUGCGGUCAAUUACGUAAUGCAACAUCUAACGUUAUUUUUCCUGUGCGUUUGUAGAGGUAAGCAGGAGUGGACUACCAGAGAGAAGACUUUUGCAACGCUCUCGACGCCCAGCUAUCACCAGGGCUCUCGAUUACUUAAGCGGUGAAGGCCUAUCACCGCCAGUAAGAAACAGUAAAUUUGAUAUAAAGCAUUAAGGAACCUCUUGAGCCCAGUGGUGAUGGAGACAACUCCUUCGAUACACUUCCUCUCGCAGAGGACACCAUAACCGAAGGUAAGAUCUAAUGCAACUUAUACAUUAUCCGUAGUCCGGCGUGAACCUUCACUUAGUGGUCGAAUGGCGGACCUUGAGCACACAGUUGAAGUAAUGUGCCAACAUUUGGCCCGGAUGUCACGAAACCAGGAUUUUAAUCUUGGAUUUAAUCUCCGCCGUCUGGUGGGCGGUCAACGGGACUUGGAGUCAGCUGUUUCUCGACGGCCGACUACCAAUACCACGGUUGCCUCUAGGCUUCCCAUUAAUCCCAUAGGCAGCCCUUUAAGAACAAUGGCGGAUUUCCGUGCACUAAACGCGAGACUUGCGGACAGUGAAGUUCGCAGUCAAUUGGUAAAGGCAGGCAAAUUGCAUUAUUACGUUUAUUAGGUUUCCUAUCUGGCCUGCCUUGGCGGCCGUUCACUGAACGACUUCACAAAGAGAGUGUAUUAUGCCCUAUUCGUGGAUGACAUCAGUCUCCACAUAAACUUCAAAGGGCGGAAAAUGAAGGAGGGGCUAUCUGAUUCGCCAACCUACGGAGUCAUCAAGGGUACGUUCUCACUAAUUUUUGAUCACUGUUCUAUCCACAGAGGUUUUUGGCAUUUGGAAUGGAGACGGUAAGGCAACCCUUGCCGAUCUCGGUGUCCGUUACAAAACGGCUUAA